UUGCACCGCCAGUUCGAACGAGCCAACCCCAGUCGACCCCGAACUUCCAAAACUCCGGCCAGCGAGCACAGUCCAAUGCUGACCGAACUCGCAGCUCCCGCUAUGGCGCGAGCGCGCCCCGCUUUCUUUCCUUUGCCUUACGGAGCCUCGUUACUCUCCGGAAGCUCCUGCGCCUCUCGUGACCCUUCAUAUUAUUUAUCGGCUCGGCCCUGGCAACUUGGCGCCAUCGGCGAUAGAGGGCUGCGCGAAGACCCGCCACAGCGCUUAAGCAGGACACCCACGGGCAAUGGGUGAAAACUCAUUGCCGCGCAUGCACGCGCCGCACCUAGUCGCUGACAGCGACAGCGAGGGUGAAAGCGUAAUGUGCAUUGGCGAGGUGGCUGCAAAGCCGGGGCACCGCCCGGCAGCGGGUGCCAACGCCCACGUGGUCGUCAUCGACAGCGACAGCGAGGGCGAGAGUGUCGUCAUGUGCGGUGGAGAAGCGGCUGCUGAGCCGGGAACACCCCUGUCCGUGCGUGCGUGCGUGCGUGGUGUCGGCAAAACAUAGCAUACUGGCGCAAACCGCGAGUGCUACGUAUUAGUAUUUGUUAAUGCCUAUUGCAUGUAAAUAGGUGGCAGGGAAAAUUCGGGCGGAGCGAGAAGUGCCUUCGCGCGUCCAUGGACAAUUGACUUUUGCGAGGUCGCGAGGAAAGCAUCCGGUGCCCGCUGAUAUGCAGUCUCUAAGGCAAACUAUGUUGGCGGCAAGCAAAGCGGGGAAGUAUAUCGAUAAUUUU